CCCCGCCAGGCGCGGCUCCAGCAGGGGAAGCGGCGGCGAAAGCUCCGGCUCCAGUCCCGCGGAGGCGAGACGGGCAUCGCCGGGGCUGCCAAGUGCGGACAAUGAUUCCACCAGGAGAAUGCCUGUAUGCUGGGAGGAAAAGACGAAAACCCAUCCAGAAACAGAGGCCCACGCAUGCGAAUGGGAAGUCUAACCCUUCAAAAAGACACAGAGAUCGCUUGAAUGCUGAGUUAGAUCACCUGGCCAGUCUCCUGCCUUUCCCACCGGACAUAAUAGCUAAACUGGACAAACUCUCCGUCUUGCGUCUCAGCGUCAGUUACCUUAGAGUCAAAAGCUUCUUUCAAGCUGUUCAGGAGAAGUGUUUGAAAAAGCACGCAGGUCAUGAAAUAAAGGAAGUUGACAUGCUCAAGGAGCCUGCCAUACCAGAAGGCGGAUUCUUACUGGAGUCACUGAGUGGUUUUGUUCUGGUGGUGAGUGCUGAUGGAAUGAUAUUCUAUGCAUCACCAACAAUUGUGGAUUAUCUAGGAUUUCACCAGACUGAUGUAAUGCACCAAAAUAUAUAUGAUUACGUUCAUGUGGAUGACCGGCAAGAUUUCUGCAAACAACUACACUGGGCCAUGAAUCCGCCACAACUCAUUUCUGGACAACAUAUGCCAACGGAGUCAGGAGAAGAAUUCAUCCUUAAUGAAAUGUUUAAAGCACAGGAGGGUAACAGUACGCCAUCAGACUUUUCAUCCUUUUUAACUCGGUGCUUCACUUGUCGAAUUCGCUGUCUUUUAGACAGUACUUCUGGCUUCCGUGCGAUGCACUUUCAAGGCAAACUGAAAUUUCUCUUUGGGCAGAAAAAGAAGUCCUCCUCAGGAGCAAUAUUACACCCUCAGCUGUCCUUAUUCUGCAUAGUGGUGCCACUUCUGCUUCCUUCUGUGACUGACAUGAAGCUAAAAAGCCUUUUUGUGAAAUCAAAAUGCAGAUCUGAUCAAGCAGCCACAACAGAUGCAAACUCAAAGGCUACUUCUGAACAGUAUAUGGCUGAUCUUCAUAGAAGCAAUGCUUUCCAAGAAGGAAAGAAUAAUAGAGAAAAUGGAAUUUCUCUGAAGAGACUGCAAGCAAACGAAGACCAUUGGGUUUGGAUACAGGCCAGUACUCAAGUUCAAUACCGAAAUGGUUCUUCAGAAUACGCCAUUGCUCUACAGCAAGCUCCCAAGGAAGACUGUCAUCAGAAGAUAGCAAGCAGCACCGCAAACACGAAAAGGAACAGGGAAAACCUUGUACAGAUGAAGUAUAGUAAGUGGGCCCCAAGGAAAAAAGAGCAGGACAGCAUAAAAGUCAAGUUUGAACCUUGUACGGAUGACGAAGAAUGUUUUAUUCAGCAAGAACUUGUCGGUCCUACUGCAUCGCUAUUCGGUACUCAAUACAGUAACAACAGAAAUGGCAUUUCGACUUCAGUGAAUCCAUCAAAUUACUGUUCUAGAAGUCAGCGUAAUGAGACUACAUGUUCAAGCAAAACUCCUAGACCUUUCUACAAUAGAGACCAACGGCUCUUUAGUUUAUCAUCAACCUGUCCUUCUCCCUGGGGUGGCACAGAAAAUUGCCAGCCUCAUCCAAGCUUGCAGCAGUACACAACACAAAGUUAUUCUGGAGAAUACAUGAAGUUACAAUGUCCAUUAGUAUCCUCAGAAACUCCGUACAACACGGGGUUGGCUCAUAACAUCAAAACUGAAUACGAUUCAGAUUCUGAAAAUAUAGAUGCUGUUUCAGCAAGUCGGGUCUGGAUUGGUGAAAACAGCACAAGGAAAAAGCAAGCGAUCCGUUUUCCUACUAGGGUUCACCUCAAAACAGAACUGGACCUCAGUGAGCAUCUGUCUCCUUGCCAAACCCCAAAGCAGUGUGUUUAUCCGCCGUAUAACUGGCAACACAUUGUGAUGCACCAUCCCAACCUCAGCAGAAGUGGACCUGGCAAAGGAGUUCACAGCAAGGAGAUAGUUCCUCUGAGCUCCCAAAACUCCGUCUGCGCAGAAGCAAUGGAGGGUGCACAAGACACACAUUACUGGAAUGAAUUUUAUAAUCCCAGUUUAGUAGAAGAGAGGGGGCUGAAUAGGCAAGUUCUGAAGAUGCAGUGCGAAUUUAAAAACCCCAGCUUUAUUCAGACAGUCAAACACGAGCCCUUAGAGUCUUCUCGCAUGUCUGGCAGAGUACAAACUACUUUUCCUGAAAGCACAUUAGCCGGCUCUCAACCUCAUAAAAUAAUGGGAUGUGCAUUUUCACAACAAAUGGUAUAGGUGUGCUUCCAAAUGUUCACAACUGCCUUGUUAGUGCAGAGAUGGGACAAAAAAGGAAGUUUCUCAUUAAUAGGGCACUCCCCAUUACAGGGAUUUAAGGAUCUAUUUGACAUUGUUUUGGGGCAACACAGUGUCCUAGCCAUGGUUAGCCCUCCUUAACUUAAGGAUAGUGUGUGAUAGGUACCCAUAUAUAUAGUACCGAACAUCCACAAAACAUGACAGAGAAGUGGCCUUAAUAUUCAUAAAAGCACUGUACAAUAUUAUUGCAGGUAAUUCCCUACUGAAAUUGAAGGCCAAUUUAAAUGCCUGUUUUAAGAAAAAGAAAAUGUGUGCAUAAAACAACAUAGCACUUAAUUUCUCUCUGCUGGUAAUUCUUUAGCUCCCAGGUAGUUCGAGCAUCUCUCUUGUGCUAUUCAAAAAUAAAAAAAUUAGUCCCAUAUGAACAACAGGGAUGCAAAAGGCAUACUUCUCUAUUUCCAGUCUUUUAGGCUCCAAGCAGGAGAAGUUAAAAAAGAGAGAAGUGGGUAUCAUAGGAAACGGAGUCUCUAUGGACACAAAGUAGGGGAUUACUGCAAUCCUAACUGGAGAUGGGGCAUAAGAGUAGGGAAGAUCUCUAAUCUGCCUGGGCCAGCUUUUAAAGGUAUGGUUGCUGAGGAUGUUUGGCUAUUAUGGUUGCCUCUUAAUAAAUUGUAAUUUGUGUCUGGAACCCCUGAUCCUACAGAUCAGCAUAUUGCAGUGGCAUAAAUGGUGAUUAGCACUGUUUCUACUCAUGCUGCUCAGGAAACCCCAGUUUAUUUCCUUCCAGUUGGAAGUGCCUGGUGCUUCUAUGAAACAUGAGGGCAGGUGUUAGUCCAACUGUUAGCGCUGCUUCAGUUUGUUGGGGUAUGCAACCAUCAGACAAAAGUUGAAGCCAAAGCCUAUGGGCUCCGGGGAUGGGGCGUGAACGAUAAUACAGAACUGUAAAACAUGAUUUAACUUGAAUAUCUCCUUGCUGGCAUUUGUAUUGUAAUGCUUUGCUUUCCAGUCAUAUUUUAUAUGGAAUAUAAAAUUGCAUCUCUGCAAAGCUUCUAAUG